AUCAUGAAUAAAUAAUGGUUUUCUCUGGAAAGGAUUAACAAGUUGAAAUCAUGGUCCGAUCAAGACAAAGCUCUACUGAGAGGAAAUCUCCAAAGAAGGGAAGCUUCAAGGAAGCAGGGAGCAGCAACCUCAGAAGAUUUGGUCAAAGUAUCAAAAGGAUCGUUCGUGAGGUUGAAGAAAAAAGCUUAGUUGAAGAGUCAAGGGAACGGUUAGUCAGUAAGAACGUUCUCUUCCAACUCACAAAAGAGUCUCUUCAGGAGUCGUUUCUUGAUGUUCUAAACAGUCUGGUAACUAUGCAAAAUGCAUAUUUGGAUUCUAAAAGUCUUAAGAAUCUAUUCCAGAGAUACUCUAAGCUGAGGGAAAUGAUAAAGGUUCUUCUCGUAGCAGAAUCUAAGUGGUGGUCCAUUAGUAACCUUUCUGCUCAAUCCAGAUGCGAGUCCAUACCAGAGUAUAUAGAGAGAUCAAGUAAACUAAUCCUACGGAGCACAGGAAAAAACAUACAGUGCAUUAAUAAUCAAUCAAAUCAAGAAAUUAUUUAUAUCUUUGCAAACUUAGAUAAAGUUCUAAAUUGAUCAAAACAGUUCACUGACGAAAAAUC